ACCCACAUUGCCUCAGACCUGCUCAGGAUUCAGCCAGGGCUUGAAGUUUGUGUUCUUAACGUUCGUCCAUCUGUCUGUCUGUGUACAUUUUUGUGGAGGACUAAGGUUUUCAAGUAAAAGAGGAAGCUAAAGCUGUGUGUAUUUGUGGAUCAGACAAGUGCAGCAAGUUAUUAUCAUUGGCUUCUGAAGGGGAGAGUGAGGUGAUGGCUGCGUUUAAGUUGGAUUUCCUUCCAGAAAUGAUGGUGGAUCAUUGCUCUUUGAAUUCCAGUCCUGUCUCAAAGAAAAUGAACGGCACCCUGGACCACCCAGACCAACCAGAUCUUGAUGCUAUCAAGAUGUUUGUGGGCCAGGUUCCCAGGACCUGGUCUGAGAAGGACUUGAGGGAGCUUUUUGAGCAGUAUGGUGCUGUCUAUGAAAUCAACAUCCUAAGGGAUAGGAGCCAAAACCCUCCUCAGAGCAAAGGGUGCUGUUUUGUUACAUUUUACACCCGUAAAGCUGCAUUAGAAGCUCAGAAUGCUCUUCACAACAUGAAGGUCCUCCCUGGGAUGCAUCACCCUAUACAGAUGAAACCUGCUGACAGUGAAAAGAACAAUGCUGUGGAAGACAGGAAGCUGUUUAUUGGUAUGAUUUCCAAGAAGUGUACUGAAAAUGACAUCCGAGUCAUGUUCUCUUCAUUUGGACAGAUUGAAGAAUGCCGGAUAUUGCGGGGACCUGAUGGCUUGAGCCGAGGUUGUGCGUUUGUGACUUUUACAACAAGAACCAUGGCACAGACAGCGAUCAAAGCAAUGCACCAAGCACAAACCAUGGAGGGUUGCUCCUCUCCCAUGGUGGUAAAAUUUGCUGACACCCAGAAGGACAAAGAACAGAAGAGAAUGGCCCAGCAGCUCCAGCAGCAGAUGCAGCAGAUCAGCGCAGCAUCUGUGUGGGGGAACCUGGCUGGUCUGAACACUCUUGGGCCCCAGUACUUAGCACUUUAUUUGCAGCUCCUUCAGCAGACUGCCUCCUCUGGGAACCUCAACACCCUGAGCAGCCUCCACCCAAUGGGAGGGUUAAAUGCAAUGCAGCUACAGAAUUUGGCUGCACUAGCUGCUGCAGCUAGUGCAGCUCAGAACACACCAAGUGGUACCAAUGCCCUCACUACAUCCAGCAGUCCCCUCAGCGUACUCACCAGUUCAGCAGGGUCUUCACCGAGCUCCAGCAGCAGUAACUCUGUCAACCCCAUAGCCUCACUUGGAGCCCUGCAAACAUUAGCCGGAGCAACAGCUGGCCUCAACGUUGGCUCUUUGGCAGGAAUGGCUGCAUUGAAUGGUGGUCUGGGCAGCAGUGGCCUUUCCAACGGCACUGGGAGCACUAUGGAGGCCCUCACCCAGGCAUAUUCUGGGAUCCAGCAAUAUGCUGCUGCAGCACUCCCCACUCUGUACAACCAGAAUUUAUUGACACAGCAGAGUAUUGGUGCUGCUGGAAGCCAGAAGGAAGGUCCAGAGGGAGCAAACCUAUUCAUCUAUCACCUGCCCCAGGAGUUUGGAGACCAGGACCUGCUGCAGAUGUUUAUGCCCUUUGGGAAUGUCGUGUCUGCCAAGGUUUUCAUAGACAAGCAGACCAACCUGAGCAAGUGUUUUGGUUUUGUAAGUUACGACAAUCCUGUCUCAGCUCAAGCUGCCAUCCAGUCCAUGAACGGCUUUCAGAUUGGAAUGAAGAGGCUUAAAGUGCAGCUCAAGCGUUCCAAGAACGACAGUAAGCCCUACUGAGUGCGCUCCCUCUGAGACUGGAGUGAGAAGAUCUUGUGGCACAGCUUGCCCUGAAGACUCAGCUACUGCCUUCUGUGGGAGUGUCGCUUCGUACAGAGGACAAGUUUGUGCUUUGGUUUCCAGUGUUUUACUUUGGAGUUUAGGUGCCAUAUCCUGAGGGGGUUUUUGUUUUGUUUUGUUUUUGUUUCUUUUCCCUUUAUUUAAAGUUUGCUGUGUUUGUAACCAGUAUGUUGAGAAGGACCAACACCAACCAGUCCACCCUGAGGAAGGGGGAAAUGGUUUAAAAGAUGAUCAGAAUGUGCCCCAAACCACCGGAAGAGAGAGGACUGAGCAGAACAGAAAGUUGAUUUCCCCCCAAAUCUCUUUCCCUGAGUGCGAGGGUGGGCAAGAUCUAAUGAGCUACAGGGGCAGAAUGGAUGAGGUAGCUUGGCAUCUAGACCCCUUCAUAAACUAGUUGCUCUCUGUGGAAAUGCUAAGCUUCUGCCACCCAUUUUUCUGAUUUUUGUCCUGGAUUUUUGACCUUCUUUCCGAAAAGGGGGUCAGCAAGUCUCAGUAAAUAAAGCACUUCAUCAUUUAGCCUGAAAUAUGCAAAGAACAGGGAGAUACCCAUUACUAGCCAUCCCAGCUCACCAUGGGUAUUGUAUUGCCCUACCUGGCUGGUGGGUCUUUGGGGGAAGCAGCCAAAGAGGUCAUUUUUAGUUUAUUUCAGUGUGAAGUUAGAACCAUGGCUCGUUUCCAACAGUUUAUUUUGAAGAAAGUCUAUGGAAGUUCACCACAGCAGAGAAUAUUGCCUCCUUCCCCACCACAAUUUCCUCUUGGGGGUGAAUCUAAGAAGCUCUUGCAGCAUCUAGCCAACAAGGGUGCUGUUCACAGGCAGAGCGAUCAGAAGCCAGGAGGAGGACCCUGCUUCUUGAUGGACCUGCGUCAAGGUCUCUUGAGGCCAGGAUGCUGUAUUUGAGCAGAGCCUAGUAUUCAGGAGGACGCAGAAGUGCACGCUGGCCUCUUGGAUGAAGGUGUCCCAGAGGUUGAGUUCUCACAGGGGUCUGACAAGCCUCCCCUAGAGACAGAAGAGAGUACAGGACGUUUACAGGCUCCAUGUGGGUUUAGUGUUCAUUUACCUCAGUAUUAGUCCAUGUUCAUUUUGUCAUCAUGCUUACAGUUAGCUUUCUGCUGCCCUUUACCAAUCUUAACUCCAGUGUUUGCCAGUGUCCCCCACAGCCUCUGGGCUCUGCUUCUGCUCCAAGAAAUGCUUUUGGGAAUGUGCAUCUGAGCAGAGGUAGCCCCGUAAGCAUACGACUCUUAGCCACAGCCAGGGCUUGAGUUCCUGGGUCCUUGGAAGCUUAAACCUCACAAGUUAAAAGUCUUGACUCCUAGCAACAGAGAUUAAAAGAAAGGGGCUAGCCUGUUUUUAAGUCAGAUGGGGACACUUCUACUUAUCAUGCUGUCCCUGUAUGUGUAGACAGGGAUUGACCAUCUUGCUGUUGUACAGGUAGUUGUUAGUGUUGGAUUAUCCCAUUGAAACUGGGACAGCUGUUCUCUUCUCAUAGUGAUAAGUUGGGUCUAUUGUCCUCUUAAGAAACAUGAAAUAAUACACUUCUUAAACUGAACCACAUAAACUUGAAUUCUGCAAAAUGGGAGAAAAGUGUCCUGUGUUUCAAGAUAAAACUGUUCUAAAGGCUUCCAGGGUAAUGAUGGGAUUUUUUUUAAAUAAAUGCAAAAAUAAAAAAUAAAAAUAAAAAAACUUUAAAAAAAAAAAAAGAAAGAAAAUGCUAGGUUGGGCAGGCACUGUUCUGAAUCCCAACCGGCUGGAACCAAGAAUGUCGUUUCUAUUUUUAUAGAAGUUUUAUACAGCUCCGGGGUGGAGAAUAUUUAUUACCUAAAUUAUAUCUCUGGAAAAGGCCAGGAUUUUGUAGAAUCCAGAAUGUGAUUGUUGUACACACGGGGUGCUGUGUAUGAUUGAAACUACUGACUUUCUGUGACCGUUGCAGCCCAGGUAACCUGCCCAAGGGGAAGGCUAACAUUAAUGCUGUGAAUCGGCCGAGGUGAGAGCUGUGCUCCACAGGGUCUGCCAGCGCUGUGCUCCCUAACCAGAAACUCUAUUCUGUCUUCCCCCUUCUCUCUCUCCCAUUUCACCAUCUGUCCACAGAUUUGUCCUGUGCGCUAGGACCUUAUGAAACUACCUUCCUAAUGAUAUUAGAGGCAAAGAUGUGACCCCAAACUUGAUACCUACUUGUGGCUCUAAAAGGAGCAGUAGCCCCAGCAGGCUCAUGGUGUGCUCAGGCAGCCAGCCAGCUGGGGAGACCAUGCACUUCUCUUCUCCCCCUUUGCCCAGUUCCUAAGCACAGCAGGAGCACUGUCCUUGAGCACAGUUCUCUCCCCAGGCCAAAGAUGGUUUUGUUGAAGAAGCUGCUCCCUAUAAGUCUUGAUGUGGAAGGGCUCAGCUCAGAGUGGAGACUGAAGUGAAGUCUGAAGCAGUCCAUUUCUGUUGUGUGGAGGGAGGUUUCACUUACAGUGUGUUUUCUGCUGUAGUUUUGUUUCUUGGAUUCUAUCAUGCCAUUGAUUUGCCUUCACUGCAGCCCGACCGCUAUGUCCUGGAUUCCACACGAGUGGCCAGGGCCUAUGUGGAAGCUUAGGGCUUGGAUUUCCGGGAUCAAAGGGCCAUCCAAGAUUGAGCAAGAAACUGGCCUUCUACCCUAAACAAUCUCCCUUCUGCUCUAGUCAGCAUCUUUUGUUUCCUCUCCCCUUGGGUCUUGCCAGGUAGUGGGAAAGAGGCUGAGCUGAGGCCCUGCUUACCCCAGAGACUGUCUUGAUGUGUUAGGUGCUUUGCAGGAAAUCCAAGCCUUAGGUUCCCUUCUGUCUCUGGCAGUUGGAUGUUCUCUUGGUGUCCUCCAUGUCCUUUUGAACUUUUCCCUGUGUCCAUUGUUAGCAUGUGCAAAAGUCCCUGUCCUGCCCCACCCCUGCCCUGCCCUGCCCCGCCCCCUCCUCAUUUCAGGCUGCACACAGUGAGUGUCCUGGUCUCUCUGUUUGGAUGUAUUGCUCUGUGUAACUCAGUGGGUCUCCCUCUUUCUGGUCUGUUUUUUUUCUAGAUUCCUGCCGUAUGUUCAUCGUUGUGCCUAAAGCAUGUCGAUGUGGCGUCCAGUACAUCGUCCAAAUCCCUGUCUCUUCAGCUUCUCUGAUGCUUGAACUCUCACCUUUGACCUUGUGUUGACCUUUGAUGCUGAUGUGUAUUUUAUUAUGUUUGUUUCUUUCCUUGUUUUUUCUUUUUUCUUUCUUUUUUUUUUUUUUCCCUUUUGUGCUGCCAAAAUUGGUUUUGCUAGAACGACUGCUGAAGGGAAAAAUAUUUAAACUUGCAUUUGAAUAUAAAAAAAAAAUCUAUUUUUCUAGAACUUCAUAAGAUAACCACUUGGUUUUGUGAUUCCGAUUCUUUGUAACUGUCUCAGAGCAGCCCUGCUAGCACAUGCCGUGUGGUGUCUGUACCCUGUGAACACACAGCCAGUCCGCUUCCAGGCUUCCUCCUCUGUGUGCUUAGUUUAAAGACAGCUUGGAAAUAAACAAUGGAAUAAACGAUGUCACUAAAAUCUUUGAGGCUCCUGAACACAUUUUGCUGAUAUAGUUUUGGGGCUUGAGGAGACCGCAUGUGUUAUUAUUAAUUUUUGUUUUUCUGAGUUCUCAACUGCAGAAAACACCUGAAACACCCCCACUCGUUCGCUUUUCACUGAGGCUGAGGUUUGGGCCCCAGCUAGCUUUUUGUUUUCCUUUUGUGGUUCUUCCUGAAGCAGCCCUGCAGGGAAACCCUAGGGCCCCUUUUCCCUCCCCUCAGCUCAACCAGCUCACAUCCAUGCUUAUUCCUACAGUCUCCACAGCAAAAUGUGAUGCUUUGAAAUUUUUGGGGGUUUUGUAUUGUUUUUGCCUUUUUGUUUUGAAUUUUUCCUUUCCUACUAAGAUUAUGCCCAGAAAAGACAAGUUGUGCAUGUUUCCUGCUGUUUCUCCACACCUUCGUAUGUAUCACCUUCACCUCUCUGUUUUCUAUAGUUUGUGCAAAAACUGACUGAUUUAAAGGGGUUUCAAAGAAGAUGUUUUAAAUUGUUAUGGGGUUGAUAUUUUUUUCUCAAGAUUGUAUUGUUUUAUUUGAAGUGGCAACUUUCUCCUCUAUUGCCCUUAGAGUGUUCGCCUGUGCACUUAGACUGUCACUCUUUGUGGCCUCCAGGUCUCGGUGGGGCAUCCAGGAGGCUGGCUGCUCUGCUCAGGGAGUCCAGGGGGGCUGGAGAGGCGAAAGUAGAACCAAAGGUGGCUGUGGGUAAGCAGGAGGCCUAGCACAGAAGGCCUAAUCACAGAGGAGGGGGUGCUGUGCUCCUAACUACCCACAGGAAGCCGUCUGCACACUGAGUGGCAAUACACCUGCCUGCUCUUUCCCUAGGUGACAAGCACAAUAAAUACUACAGUCUUCACACUGUUUACAGCCCUGGGCACCAACCACCCCACAAUGGCUCUUCACUGUGGCUCUGCUCUUACUCAGCUAGUAGACUUGGGGUAAGGGCAAGAAUUUGUUAUUAAAUUGGGUGAAGAGCCAAAUAGCUACUGUCCCCGGGUGCCAGGCCAGCCAGUUCUUUGGUUUCCUAAGGGAAACUUACCCUCUUCUCUUGUAGCACCAUCCAGCCUCAGGGUCUUGGGGACUUGGAAGAAUGUGAGUAGGAGAGGGGCUAGAGGAAAUGAGUAGACAGGGAUGGGGGUCUGUGAAGAGCAGAGGCAGCAGGGAGGAUUUUUGACAGGUCCCACUGAGACAUAAGCACUGGUGGGAGGAAGAGUGGGAGCAAGAUUGUCCAGGGAAGGGUGGCAAGGUGCAGCAAGGGAUGGGGGUGGGGUAUUGAAGCACUGACUAGCAUCAUCUAUGCCCAGGUGAUGAAGGGACGCCAGCAGAAUGUCUGCUCUGGGACCCCCACAGGUUGCCCAAUAUAUUAUGCUUGAGGCCACCUUACUAGGAAGAAAAGGCAGCCAAGUGGAGGACCCCUGUAGAUAGGCUGCUUGAUGUCCUGGAAGGGGUGAUGUGGGAUGGGAUGAAGCCAGAGCCCUAGCCUGAGAGCCUGCUGUGUGCCCCGCAGUCUGAUUGCACAGAGCCGCCUCUGUCGGCAGGAGGCGCCGAGGCUCCCCUUUCUGUGUAUUGAGAAGCUGUGUUUGCCAAUAUAUUUUGCUUUCAGUUCCAAGAGGAGCUCUGGGAAAACCUGUGGAUAAAACCAAAUGCCAAAUGUUGGACAUUGUUUCCUUUUCCUUUUCUCUCUGAUUGUUUUAAUUGUUCUGUAGUGGUUUUAAUGGAUUUGAGACCCUGGAGCGGCAGCUGCCUUUCUGAUUUCCAGCUGCUUUUUGUGAAUAAUUUAAAAAGAAAAAAAAAAGAAACUUUACAUUUUGGAGACAAACCUGUGUGAGUUUUUUAUUGGUACAAACGUUGUAUUUAACACUAGGGGUUUUGUACAGUUUUUUGCCUUUUCUACUAGAAAACAAUGUAAAGUGAUUUCACAAUGUGAAGAGAAAAAAUUGCCACUAUGACCAAACGCACAGUCUGUUCUGCAGCAACAACGGGAUUCAAUCAACUCAAAGUCGUGAUUCAGCCGUAGAAAUGCUUUUCCUUGACCUUGUUUGAGCUUUCCUUUUUUCCUGUUUGAUUUACAAAAGAUGUCUUUUUUUUGUGUGUGUGAACUUGUGUUGUACUCUGUAGAAAAUUAUGGAUUUUGCUUUAAUGGUUUAAAAAAAAAAAAAAGGGCAAGAAGAGCCCUUGUCGCUUUUCUUACCUAAUCACAGUUUGUGUAGUGGAUUAAAAAGAAAAAAAGUUGUUAAAAGUUUGGAGCAAGGGAGUAUGUGUUUAAAAGGACUCUCCUUCCUUUUUUUGUGUGUUUUUCCUUUCGUCCCAAUGGGGAACCUAAAUCUGUUUUAAUUGCACAGACACACGGACAAAAAGUCAUUUUGUAUCUGCCAAGUGUGGUACCUUCCUUUGUUUAUUUGCUAUUAAACUGUUUGAGAAGAA